AUGUAGGAAAGAGAAGCAAUCAAAAAUAAAAUACUAGCCUGCUUUAUGGAAUUAGAUGAACAAUAUGAAGUUAAUUCUUAUUUUUUAUAGAUCCCUUUAGUAGUCAACAACAAAAAUCGAAAAUUCUAUUGAACAAAUUCCAGAAUUCAAGCAGAGUGAUUAAGGGGUGGAUGUUGCGCCUCAGUUAUAAUAGCAAAGCUAGCCUUAGCCUAAUUUUUCCUUUGUAGCUAACGAACUUUCUAAAUUAUCAGAUGAUAUAGUAGAGGCUUUAAAGUUUAAGUAAUGA